UGCCACUGACUCUGUGCUGCCCUGGCUCCACCGUAUUGACGGUGUUAUGGCAGGUGUUUCUGAUUCUUCAACCCCGCAGGUAUGAACAGGAAGCACUUGAACUUCAGUAAGCUCACCCGUCUGAUCCCUGCUGACGAAUGCAGAGGAGAUCCAGUCUCCCUGUCACUAUGGCAACACGUUCAAGGUCAACACUAAAUUGGUUUCAGCCUUCCGAGUGAAGGAUACACACCGAGAAACCUCAUCUUCCAAACGUCUGUCUUCACAGAAAGCAGAGCACGCUGGUGGGGAUUUCUAGCUGCAGUGGAAGGAGAGUAUCCCGGCAGACUAACACAGAGCUGGGAGUGCUGGUGAUGCGGUACAGCUCUAUUAUAUGAGCCUGGCCAGGUCAGCGCACUUUCCUAUUGUAAAUCCUUCCACAGAUACUGAUGAGCAAACCCGCUGCGCCACCUUGUCCUUGAGAUGCUGUCUCAGUGCCAGACAGACCUGCAGCUGGGAUGCUUGGGAAUGCUCUCUGAUUCAACGUGCUGCUGCUGCAAGUUUCUAUGAGAUGAAGAGGGCUGGUCAGGCUCUGGUCGGCUCCCAGCAUCCUCUCAAAAACAACCUGGUUGCCGAGCAAAGGCUGAUUUAUACACACACAGAGACACACACACUCGCACACACUGGCAGCAUUGAUUCUGCUGGGUCAAUUCAGCAGAGACUCGCUCAAUAACAGCAGGAAACCUGUCUGACUACAACAGUUUCUUCCAGGAUCCAUGGCAGCACGUGGUGACCAGUCUGGGAUGUGGGGUACAACGGCAGGCCAGCGGUUCGGCGUGCGCUCCUACCUGCACCUCUUCUACGAAGACUGCGCCUUCUCUCAACCCAAGGAAGAUCCAGAAGAGCCUGAGGGGACUCUGUCAUCCUGGGCCAGCUCCCACCCCCUUCUCUGGAGGGCCAGUCUCACCACAGGGAUCCUGGUUCUCCUGAUGGGAGUCGUGGCCCUGGGCAUGGGGCUCCUCGUCCCCCCGAAGAUCGAAGGCUUUGGGGAGGGAGAGCUGCAAGUGGUGGACCAGCAAGCCAUCGAGUACAACCAGGCCCUGGAGCGCUGCGCCCUGGCUGGGGGGAUCCUGCUCACGCUGGGGGGCACGGCGCUGCUGGCCUGCGUUCUUAUCUGCCCGCUCCACAGGGUCCUGGAGAAACCCAAGGGUGAGGACGCUCAGCAUCUCCUCCUGAGGACGGGAGGACACUCGGAACCCAGAUCCAGAGCCUCAGUACCGACCGUGUCCUCUCUCGAUUCCAGACUCCCCGUCAGCCUGGCUCACAUGCAGAACAUCCAGCCCAGACCCAGAUCAUGAACCCGGCUUCGCUGAACUCCUUCUGCGUUCCAGUGCGGCACAACUUUGCCUCCAAGAUGCCAUUGUCUGACAGGCCUUUCGUGAAAGACUUUUAAGCCGUCCCUUAACUGAACUUUCUUUGCUGAGGGCAAUCGUCCUGUGCGUCGCUGUGUCAUUGUUCCUGUAAGGUUGGCUUUGUUUCCGUCUGCUGCCUUAUUUGUAUUAAAAGCAGUUCACAUGACUCUGUGUUUUCUUAUCAGCUCCUCCCUGGUGUCUCAUCUCUCUCUUUCCUUUAAAUACAAAUAUCUUUCUCAGCAACACAAUUUGUAAUAUCUUUAUAUGUUUC